GUUGAUUCUCAUCAGCUGUAAAAUGCCGCUGCCUUUUACAAAACAGCUAUCACUAGCGAAUAUCAUGGGACACCUCGAAACCUCCGAAAAAAGGAUUCGGUGUCUCGUCGAGGGCGAAGAAGUUCUGAACGCCGGCCACUUAAUUUGUUGUGGCGUUAAAGCUUGCAGCGUUCGCGCCGUUAGCGUUCAAGCACUCUGCCUACAAACGUCCCAUGUCCGAGGAAAGCCCCAUGAGGUGGAGUUUGUUUUCGACGUAAGCAGCCACAUCAAGGGCCACUGCUCCUGCAAAGCCGGAAACUCAGAGCGUUGCAAACAUAUCAUUGCAAUGCUGCUACACGUGAACAGGACUGGCAUCCAGAACUUGGACCUGCUGACGUCAACUGAUGUGACACAAGCCUGGGGCAAGUUAAAGACUAGUCCACUAUAUGAGGCUUGUAAACUUAAAAGAACUGCGCCAUGUACAGUCGUAACUGCGGCCAAUUCUGGACCCAAAACGACAAGAGGAAGUACGGCAGCGGCUGAUUGCCGCAGCGCAACAGAGUGCAUUGGUGCUACAUCAGCGGGGCAGGAUGCAUCAGAAUGAAAGCAAUUCAUUUCACGAGCGUGUCACCCUUGAGGAGCGAACUUUGAUCAAGCACACCAUGAAGAAUGAAAUGAAAAAAUACAGCCAACUAAUGUUCCAUGAUGUGGCAUUUUGAGAUGCAGCAGCGAUGGGAAUAUAUAAGUUUUCACAGAAUGACCUUGCAAAAGAGGAGCUGCACGUCUACAAGGCACACAUUCAGCUCACUGAAGAGGAGGCUUUUCUAAUGUGCACCGAAACAAGGCAUCAAGACAACACAAAAUGGCGAAGAGAACGAAAAGUGAGGAUAACAGGGAGGCAAUGUCACGCUUAUUUUACAUACAUACCAAAAGAUGCCACAUCUUGGGAAAGCAAGGUGUCAAAAAUGUUUUCCGAAAGCUUCUAUGGAAAUAACGCAACGCGUUAUGGUAAACACUGCGAACAACUAGCCAUCGAGAAGUACAGCAGCAAAACAAAAAAAUAUGUUUCAAAGAUAGGAACAAUCGUGCCGGGAAGGUGGUUCCAUUCUUGAGACGUCCUGGGAAUAAAUGAUUCGUGACAGGUUCUGGAAUGGCAGUGCAUUAUCCCAACCUUAUGGACAUGAUCAAUGCAAGAGGAAAUGUAAGAAGGGGAUGAUAUAAGAUUAUCACGCAGGUAGGAAUUGUACAAAUAUAAGUUACGGAAUAAAGCAAGGCGAAAACACUUACGUCGGGAUGAGAGGGGAGAAAGUAGUAAGGAGUUUUUCAUGGAAGUUGCGCUUAAUGUUCGGCUGUAAUUACUAUAAAUGAAACGCGUGGCAUUAUUUCGGAUUAGUUCAAGCGAUUGAAUAUGGGUUGCGGAGUGAGGGUCCCAGAUGGGAUGAUGCGUAGUCUAUUUUACUCCUAAUGAGUGUUUCAUAUAAGGUUAAUUUUAAUGAGGAAGGAGCAGAAGAGAAAUUUCGCCGGAUAUAUCCUAACAUGCGGUUAGUAUUGCUUAUUACCUUAUCAAUGUGUAAGGACCAGGAAAGUGUCGAGGUUAUGUAGACGCCAAGGUACUUGUAGAAUGUCACGGCUUCUAGGGGAAUGUUAUUAAGAUAAUAGUUUGGCGAAGGAAUAUUGUUACGAGUUACACGCAUUGUUUUACAUUUAGUCACGUUAAGUUGCAUUAACUAUACGUCACACCAGUUAGAGAUAGCGUUAAUAUCAUCUUGUACAGACCUGUUAUCGUUGUUAUCCGAGAUUUCGCGGAGGAUAACACAGUCAUCUGCGAAAAAAUAAAUGUUAGAGGAAACAGCGUUUGGUAAGUCGUUAAUGUAGAUUAGGAAAAGAAGAGGGCCUAAAACUGAUCCCUGCGGCACACCAGAGUCCACAGCGUUAAAUGAAGAAGUAUGACCGUUUGAUGCAAUGUACUGUGACCGAUUUAAGAGGAAAAUCUCAAGCCAUCUAAACAGGUUAGGGUCAAGACUAAGCUUACUAAGUUUAAAGAGAAGUUGGUGACAUAAUGAUAUUAACUGUGCACAGAAAUGAUGACCACAUCGACAAACUGGUCCGCAAGCUUCAAUUCGUGUAUUUCAAGCACGUUUUGCCCAAACUUGCAGAACUUGCUUAAGGAUAAACUGUCCAUGUGUUUUUAUUCAGUAGCAUUUGGCCUUGUAUACCUCCUCUGCCAUGCUAAGUUCUUUACUCUUUCGUGACCGUGGGAAAAUUGGCCACAUUUUGUAUGUUUCAGUAAUUAUUUUUUGUUAUGAAUAACAUGAUAGAUACAGUGUGGUAAUAUAUAUCAAUAUGGAGCGAAGUGAUUGUACUUUGUAGUGAUAUUACUUCAAAAAGUGCAUAUUAAGGUAUAAUAUGCAAGAGCAUUAAUAAAAAACAAGCUUUAUUGUCAAGCGCUGUGUGUGGGGUGUGUUCUUGAGUGAAAUGUGAGUGUUUUUGAGUGCGAAGUUGCGCUAAGUAUG